CGAGCCCGGCUAACAAUAGCCAGGGAUCGGCAACUUUACUGUAGAGAGAGAGAGAGAGAGGGAGAGAGGGAGAGGGAGAGAGAGAGAGAGAGAGAGAGAGAGAGAGACAGAGAGAGAGCGACGGAGCGGAGCAGAGCAGAGCCGAGAGGAGAGUUUGCCGAAUACAUGAGACGGCGUGUCCCGGUGUCGGAGAUUAUCACGCAACAUUCUGGCAUUUCCACCAGCACCCGGACGAGCGGCAGCAGGUUCCAUCUCUCCCUCUGUCCUUUGGUGAGAGGAGCGUCCCAGACACGACAUUAACAGGAGCGGCCCGGCUGCAGCUGAGCUGAAGAUGUCCGAUAAUGGGGAGGUCGAGGACAAGCCCCCAGCUCCACCCAUGAGGAACACAAGCACCAUGAUUGGCUCCUGCAACAAGGACCCCGCCCCACUCAACCACAGUUCCAAGCCCCUCCCACCAAACCCGGAGGACAAGAAGAAGAAAGAUCGCUCGAUCCGAUUCAUCCUGACGGGAGGAGGCGAUAAGACUUAUAAGAAAAAGGAACGUCCGGAGAUUUCUCUGCCGUCUGAUUUUGAACACACCAUCCAUGUGGGCUUUGAUGCAGUUACUGGGGAGUUUACUGGUAUGCCGGAGCAGUGGGCCAGGCUCUUGCAGACAUCCAACAUCACCAAGUUGGAGCAGAAGAAGAAUCCUCAGGCCGUCCUCGAUGUUUUAAAGUUCUAUGACUCAAAGGAAACGGCCAACAGCCAGAAAUACAUGAGCUUCACAGAUAAAAGUGCAGAUCCCUUCAGCUCCUCCACCACAACGCAGAGCGCCAAGGCCGUGUCAGAGACGCCCGCCAUAGCAACCGUAUCCGAAGACGAGGAUGAAGAUGAAGCUGAGCCGCCGCCGGUGAUCGCCCCCCGGCCAGAACACACCAAAUCAAUAUACACUCGCUCAGUGAUCGAGCCCCUCCCUCCUCCCCCUCCCACCAAAGAUGCUGCGACCUCCCCCAUCAACCCACCAGCCGCUGCAGCAGCAGCCGUCAUGCCCGCCGCGCCUACAGACGGAGCUCCCAGCAGCCCUCCCAGUGCAAGCCCCGCCCCUGGGCCUUCCCUGCCCCGCCCCCAGGACAAAACCAGGAAGAAGAAGAUGUCAGACGAGGAGAUCCUGGAGAAACUACGGACGAUUGUAAGUGUCGGAGACCCCAAGAAGAAAUAUACUCGCUUUGAGAAGAUCGGACAGGGGGCGUCUGGGACGGUGUACACGGCCAUCGACAUCGCUACAGGACAGGAGGUUGCCAUUAAACAGAUGAACCUGCAGCAGCAGCCGAAGAAAGAACUGAUCAUCAAUGAGAUUCUGGUGAUGAGGGAAAAUAAAAACCCAAACAUAGUCAACUACCUGGACAGUUACCUGGUGGGUGACGAGCUGUGGGUGGUGAUGGAGUACCUGGCCGGAGGUUCGCUGACUGACGUUGUCACGGAGACCUGCAUGGAUGAAGCCCAGAUAGCUGCUGUGUGCAGAGAGUGUCUCCAGGCGUUGGAGUUCCUCCACUCGAACCAGGUCAUCCAUCGAGACAUAAAGAGCGACAACAUCCUGCUGGGCAUGGACGGCUCCGUCAAACUCACCGACUUUGGCUUCUGCGCUCAGAUCACCCCGGAGCAGAGUAAACGCAGCACCAUGGUCGGGACUCCGUACUGGAUGGCUCCGGAGGUCGUGACCCGUAAAGCCUACGGUCCCAAAGUGGACAUCUGGUCUCUAGGCAUCAUGGCCAUAGAGAUGGUGGAGGGGGAGCCGCCGUACCUGAAUGAAAACCCCCUCAGGGCACUGUAUCUCAUAGCAACCAACGGCACGCCAGAGCUGCAGAACCCGGAGAAACUGUCAACGACAUUCAGAGACUUCCUGAACCGAUGUCUGGAGAUGGACGUGGAGAAGAGAGGGUCGGCUAAAGAACUACUGCAGCAUCAGUUUCUGAAGAUGGCGAAGCCUCUCUCCAGUCUCACUCCUCUCAUCCUGGCUGCCAAGGAGGCCGCCAAGAACAACCGCUAGCUAUCCCUCUCUCUCUCUCUCUCUGUCUCGCUCCCUCUCUCUACCAUCUCUCCUUCCUCUCUCUCUACCAUCUGUCCUUCCUCUCUCCUCUCUCUUCUUUCGUUUCGAGAGGUGGCGAUGGCUACGAGCUGGGUUACAUAACCAGUCUUUCUCUCUCUAACCUGCUCCUUCACCCUUUGACCUUUGCUUGACCUCCGUAAUACCCCCACCCACCCCACCCCCUGUUACAGGGAGAAAGAAGGGCAGUCUCUUCCUGUAACUUCUUUUUCAACACUCCACUGGACUCAGUCAGGAAGAUGGGGGCUUACUGAGUGACAUCAUCGGUUGAUCUGUGAUCAAGUCAUGUCAUUGCAUUGCUGACAUCACCGCCCCCUCACUCGGUACGAACUACCCGAUAUGGGAGAGAGAGUGUUUCAAAAGAGCCCAAAGACUCAUGGGAGUUGGUUUUUUUUAGUUUUUUUUUUAUCAGUGUUUGUCUGUUUUUUUCUACCUUGUCUGUAAAAGCCCCAGACCAUAACAGCCAAACAGCACCCUCUGCUGCAGACUGUGUGUGUGUGUGUGUGUGUGUGUGUGUGUGUGUGUGUGUGUGUGUGUGUGUGUGUGUGUGUGUGUGUGUGUGUGUGUGUGUGUGUGUGUGUGUGUGUGUGUGUGUGUGUGUGUGUGUGUGUGUGUGUGUGUGUGUGUGUGUGUGUGUGUGUGUGUGUGUGUGUGUUCAUCUGUAGGUUUCAGUUGGACCUCAUCAGCUUCUAAAAGUGCAUUGAUUCUUUUUCAUUCGAUCACUUUUUUUUUAAGUCAACUUUUGCGUGUGUGUGUAUGCAUGUCUCACUGGGGGGAAGUUGGGAUGUUCGUUAAGUUGAUUGUAGCGUUUCCUUGUGUAGUUUUUGGCUCGGAGGAGCCGAGGUUUGGUACUUUGUCUUGUCUGCAGUGUGAGCCAUGAGCUACAAAAUAUUAACAUUGGUGAUCAUGAGGAAAUGCUGGUGCUCCCAGAGGCAUCGAUGGACUGAGUUUGGACACGAGAGGUUUUCACUGCAAAAACACCCAGUUUGACUCCGGAAGAUCCAGCAAACCAGUUUUUGAAAGCACAGAACUGAUAUUGGGAGUGAAAGUUAAACUGGAAGUUCUUCUACUGUAGAACAAAGAAAAGAAACCCCUACUGACAUUUUUUAACUAGGCUAAUAACUUAAAAUCUAGUGCUUUUUAAACAGUAUACGAAGUGGCUUGUUUCAUAUGUUUAGACAACUAGAAAGUUGGUGGGGAAAAAACAACACUAGAAAAGGGCAUCGGUUAAUAUCUGCUUUUAGUUUUAUUUUUCAUGUGCACUAACAAAGUAAUCAUAGUUUAACUUUGUCAAAAUCACAGAAGUUCAGAUUUCGUUUUUUGCUUGUUAAAUUUUCCUAUUGCGCAUAGAGGAGAGCUCUGGGAAAAAAAGCAUACACAAUGGAGAGGCAGCUGUUUAUUUUAUUUUAUUUGAUGCAAAUUAAUAUUUUUUAUUUAUGAAUACUCCACAACAUUAUUUUGUCAGUACAAUUCAAUCAAAUAAAAAAAGCAUGAAUUUGUAGAUUGAAUAAACCCUCACUUUAUUUUUGAACAUUUUCUCUUUACUACCUGUCAGUCACCUGACACCAAAAAAAAAAAUCUUUAGCUAAGAAUUAAGCCCAAGAAAUAGAGGACUUUAAAUCUCAAUAUGAUGUCAGAAAGUUAGAUUGAAACUUCUAUAUUAUUCUCGCACAAAUCCAAAAUCAGCACAGCAUAAUGCAGUGCACAAACGUACACACAAUCAACUGGACACGACCCACAAUCCACCCUGCCAAACUCGCUCCAUCUGCAGCUCUGGGACUGUCUGUGGGCUCGACGCUGAGACUGUGAGGGAGAGAAUGUGCAUGUCAACAACUUUUUUUCUUCUUCUUCUUUUUGUACGGUACCUUAAAGAUAAAGACAAUAAAUGAAAUUAGUUGUGAUAAUGCUGAAAUGUUAAGUGUCGAUUCAUGACGUAUGCUCGUGUACGAUGGGGAAGAUCCCAUCUUAAUCCUAUUUUCAGAAGAAUGAAACAAAUAAAUGAUACAACGGUACAUUUUUUUAAAUUCCUGUAGGACUGUUCCUGAUCCCAGGAACCCUCUGGACACAAGGUGUAUAUUUUAUGUGCAAAAAAGAAAGUCUGUUUCAACUUUGGUUGAUGGACUCACUGUUAUUUUUUUUUUAAAUUGAUCAAUGUUAGAAAAUUAGCUCACCAACUGUUUUUAAUUUGGAUAUUGAUAAUUGAGUGUUUUUUUUAAGGUUGAUUUUUUCUUGUCCUGUAACUGACGGGUCAAAGGUUCAAAUCCUGCAAGAGCCAAAGUUUCAGCAGCCACGGUUCUUCGCUCUGCAUUCGAGCGUCGGGUAAAGAAAAAGAAAAAAACCCUGCAAUGUAAAUACUCAAAACCAUAAAGCUGACACUUUGAUUUCUGUUUUUAGUUUUUUGUAUUGUUUUUUUAAUGUAGUGUUGAUGUACCUCUGGCCUUAAACUGUUUUAAUGGUGCAAGACUACUUCACUACCAACGUGAUGGCAUCAAUGCAACCGGCAACAUUUUGAGGCAACAUUGAAUAUCGUUCUCAACACUUUAUGGCUCCAACUGAUGAUUAUUCUGAUUAUCGGUUAUUAAUCUGCUCAUUGUUUUCUUUUUUAAUUAGUCAAACCCUAAAGUUUCUGAAAUAUAAAAAAGAAAAAUUGUUAAAAUGUGUCCAGAGCCCAAGAUGACGUCCUAGUUUGUGGAAGCAACAGUCAAGAUAUUCACUUUACAGUAAUAUAGAGUAAUACAAUCAGAAACACUCGUAAUAAAAUUGAUUUGAUUGCUGCACUGCACGUGCAGGGUCGACACGUUUAGUCAAAUUGUCUCAUCGACAUCGUCAGUGUGGUCGUGUGAACAGUGAGUGCUGGAGUGUCGUUGAGCAGGGCACCGGAGCAGCUGCAGCGCAGAGAGAUGAUGCUGUGAAUAUCAUGAACAUGUAUAAACUGCCUGAAACUGUUGCCGCCGUGAGAGUUGGUGUUUCCUGGUCUGAACCUCCGGCGCAGAGCCGAACUGGACUUUGAGGACUGUUCCGUGGUUUUGCAUUUUGUUUUCUCUGAGGCAGCUCAUUGGCAGAAUUGUCUUUGAGUUUGUAAGACGUUUAAAGUUUUCCUGUCAAUAAACUCAUCAAAAGAGAGUGUUCUCAGACAGCGCUGUCUGUCUGUCUGUGAAAGAAA